AGCCUUAAGUGGAAGCCACAAUCUGCGAUCAUCUGCAAGAGUGGCAACAUCUGUCUACACACGGGUUUAAGUAUUUGAGGAUCUUUCAGCUCACAACUCCGAGUCAUGGCGGUAGGUAAGAAUAAGGGCCUUUCGAAAGGAGGCAAGAAGGGCGUGAAAAAGAAGAUUGUUGAUCCUUUCACUCGCAAAGACUGGUACGAUGUGAAGGCACCCUCGAUGUUUGCCAACCGUCAGGUGGGCAAAACAUUGGUCAAUAGGACUCAGGGCACCAAAAUUGCAUCAGAAGGUCUGAAGUUCAGAGUAUUUGAAGUAUCCUUGGCUGAUCUUCAAAGCGAUCAAGAUGCGGAAAGAUCUUUCCGGAAAUUUAGAUUAAUCGCUGAAGACGUGCAAGGACGUAAUGUUCUAACCAACUUCCAUGGAAUGGACUUGACUACAGACAAGCUCCGUUCCAUGGUUAAAAAGUGGCAGACGCUAAUUGAAGCCAAUGUAGAUGUCAAAACUACAGACGGUUACUUACUGAGAGUUUUCUGCAUUGGGUUCACUAACAAGGAUCAACUCAGCACGAGGAAGACGUGCUAUGCCCAACACGCACAGGUGAAGAAAAUUCGACAAAAGAUGGUCGAAACUAUCACAGAAGAUGUGACGAAAACCGACUUGAAGGGCGUCGUUAGCAAAUUGCUUCCUGAUGCCACCGCAAAGGACAUCGAAAAAGCGUCGCAAGGAAUUUAUCCCUUACACGACGUUUAUAUUCGCAAAGUGAAAGUGUUGAAAAAACCUCGCUUCGAGCUGAGUAAAUUGUUGGAGUUGCACGGAGACGGAGGUAGUAACAAGACCGAAGAGGUUGGCGAGAGUGGAUCCAAAAUUGAUAGACCGGAGGGUUACGAGCCACCGGUACAGGAUUCUGUUUAAGAAUAGAAAAAAAUAAAAACGAUCUUUUAUGACAUCGCUAUUCUAUGAUUCAA